AUGAAAUGGUUGCAAGGUGCAAAAGAAGGCAUUGUUGUUGCUGGGAGACAAGGUGAAGGAAAUAGUUUGACACAAUUGUCACGACCUUAUGGAAUAAUCGUUGAUCAAUUAGGUACUGUCUAUGUAGCAGACUGUGGUAAUCAUCGAAUAAUGCGUUAUUUAGAUGGGACAACAAAAGGUAGCGUUAUUAUUGGUGAGAAUAAUGGUCAGAGAGAACAAACAAGUCAGCUCAGUCAUCCAGUAGAUGUAUCAUUCGAUCAACAGGGAAAUCUUUAUGUUGGUGAUAAUGACAAUUAUCGAGUACAAAAAUUUGAAAUUGAUUAA